AUGUUCUGGCGCAUGACCGGCCUCUCCGCGGCCUCGCCCGUGGAUACAAUUCUGGACAAGGAGAACUUUACGUUGGAAGAGCUUCUUGACGAGGAUGAAAUCAUCCAGGAGUGCAAAGCACUGAAUACUCGACUCAUAAAUUUCUUGCGAGAUAAGGCCCAAGUGCAGCAGUUACUUCGUUACAUUGUGGAAGAAGUUCCAGAGGAUUCAGAGAAGAAACAGUCUUUCAAGUUUCCAUUUAUCGCUUGUGAGAUUUUUACUUGUGAAAUUGACAUUAUUUUGAGAACCUUGGUAGAGGAUGUUGAGUUAAUGGAUUUACUUUUCUCAUUUGUAAAACCUGACCAUCCGCAUAGCACCUUGUUAGCUGGUUACUUCAGUAAGGUGGUUAUAUGUUUGAUGCUACGGAAGACUGCUUCUCUUAUGAAUUAUGUUCAGGAGCAUCCAAAUAUUGUUGUCCAGCUUGUCGACCUCAUUGGUAUCACAUCAAUAAUGGAGGUGUUGAUGAGAUUGAUUGGCGCUGAUGAAACCAUAUACUCGAAUUUCGCGGAUACAUUGCAUUGGUUAGAGAACACAGAUGUACUGGAAAUGAUUGUGGAUAAAUUUAGCUCAUCAGACUCUCCUGAAGUGCAUGCAAAUGCUGCUGAAAUCCUUUCCGCCGUAACUCGAUGCGCCCCUCCUGCUCUUGCUGCGAAAAUAUGCAGCCCAAGUUUUGUUGGUAGGUUGUUUCGUCACGCUCUUGAAGAGUCAAGACCAAAAUCUGUUCUGGUUCAUUCAUUGUCAGUGUGUAUAUCUUUGUUGGACCCCAAAAGACUAGCAUCAGCCUCAUACCAAGCAUUUAGAAGCAACUUAACUCACGAGACGCUGAUCACAGCCAGUCCAGAAACAGUUGAUGGUAUGCUGGAGAGUUUAGGUGACUUGCUGAAGUUACUGGACAUUACUUCUUCUGAAAAUGUUUUGCCUACAACUUAUGGAUGUUUGCGUCCGCCUCUUGGAAAACACCGUUUGAAGAUUGUAGAGUUUGUCUCUGUUUUGCUAACAAUUGGUAGCGAAAUUGCUGAGAAGGAGCUAAUAAACCAAUCAGUGAUAAAGCAUUGCAUUGAUUUAUUUUUUCUGUACCCUUAUAAUAACUUUUUGCAUCAUCAUGUUGAGAACAUUAUUGUUUCUUGCCUUGAGGUUAAAAGAAAUCAAUUGACUGACCAUAUCCUUAAUGACUGCGGCCUUGUCUGUAAAGUCCUUGCUGCUGAAAAAGGUCCAUCUCUGCCAGUGGAGUCUAAUGGGCCAACGUUACCGUCAGAAGGGAAAGAACCUCCAAGAAUUGGGAAUAUUGGACACAUAACUCGAAUAGCGAAUAAGCUCAUUCAAUUGGGAAAUAGUAACAGCAUGAUCCAUAGUCACUUGCAGGAGAACAGCGAGUGGGCUGUAUGGCAAACAGAUGUCCUGGUCAAACGCAAUGAGGUGGAGAACGUUUACCAUUGGGCAUGUGGCCGUCCAACUUCUCUACAUGAUCGUGGGAGGGAUAGCGAUGAUGACGACUUCCGAGACAGAGACUAUGAUGUGGCAGCACUUGCUAAUAAUCUGAGUCAGGCAUUUCGAUAUGGGAUAUACAGCAAUGAUGACAUUGAAGAGGCACAAGGAUCCCACGAACGAGAUGAUGAGGAUGUCUACUUUGAUGAUGAGUCAGCUGAAGUAGUAAUAUCUUCAUUGCGUUUGGGGGAUGAUCAGGACAGCAGUUCCCUCUUCACGAAUUCAAACUGGUUUACGUUUGAUGGUGAUAGAGGAAUCAAUGAUCGCCUAGCUGCCUCUGUUCCUUCAUCAUCCCCCAAUUCUGAAGAGAUUUCCUUGAACGCGGAGGAAACUGAUGAAGUGCUAACUGGUGAAACCACUGGCACCGAGUCACUGCUGGAAAGUGCAUCCCUUGAAAAUGGUCCUGUUGAGGAGGCCAAGGAACUAGCAGAAGUUGCUAACGACAGUGAUGCUACCACGGUCAGUGAGAAAUUUUUGUGUACAGAAGAGGAUAGUGCAUCCCAUGAGCCUGAAACCUCUGAGCGGCCUGUGGAUGCUCAAGAGGGCCAGACUGGAGGUGCGGCUGAAGCGUCAAGCACAGAGGGAGCAGCGAAUGAACCUUGCAGCUCUUCUGAGCCUGGCAAUGCCUUGCCUGAAUCUGGUGACACUGAUUGUCGCACUGCCAACUCAUCUGAGCCUAAUGAGAUUGCCCAUGAAUCAGGAUCACCUGUGGAGGUUGAUGAUGAAAAGAAAUCUGAGAUUGCCACAACAAAUGAAUGA